CAUUUCUCUAUUUCCCUUCGUCAACGCAGGUGUUGCCGACGCACCUCCUCAUCAUGACCGCAAUCCUACGGCUGGCAACCAGGACAGGUACUCGACGCGUCGUGCCCGCGACGCGGGCGUGGAACGCUCAGACGCGUCUUUAUGCUACGGCAGGUGGUGAACUCAAAAAGACAGCGCUCUACGACUUUCAUGUUCAGAAUGGUGCGAAGAUGGUCCCCUUCGCUGGGUAUUCUAUGCCUCUCUCGUACGGAGACGUCGGAGCGGUGGCCAGCCAUCAUCAUGUUAGGCAAUCUGUCGGGCUGUUCGACGUAGGGCACAUGGUGCAGUCCAACUUCCGAGGCGCAACGGCCACUGCCUUCCUUGAGUGGCUGACGCCCUCAUCCCUGCAUUCCCUCCAACCGUACUCAUCGACGCUUUCAGUCAUUUUGAAUGAACGUGGCGGUAUUAUCGAUGACACUAUCGUUACGAAGCACGCGGACGACGCGUUUUAUGUAGUCACUAACGCUUCCCGCCGCGAUCGCGACCUCUCGUGGUUCAGGGAGAAGCUAGAGGAGUGGAACACGAGCGAACGGGCGAAGGAUGGCAAGGUCGAGCUCGAAGUUCUCGAAGACUGGGGCCUGUUGGCUCUCCAAGGUCCGGAGGCUGCACAGUACCUUCAGGGACUUACGUCCUUUGACCUCAAGGCUCUGACCUUUGGCAAGUCUGCAUUUGUUCCCAUCGAGGGUUAUAACCUACACGUCGCUCGCGGCGGAUACACUGGAGAGGAUGGCUUUGAAAUCUCCAUUCCGCCCUCCGAGACCGUAGAAGUCGCUAAGCUUCUCUCCAAGCCCCCCGUGCAGCUUACAGGACUUGGAGCACGAGACAGCUUGCGUCUUGAAGCUGGCAUGUGUUUGUACGGGAACGACCUCGACGAAGAUACUACGCCGGUGGAGGCAGCGCUGACGUGGGUAAUUGGAAAGGAUCGAAGAGAGACAGCGACCUUCAUCGGGGCGGGAGGUAUUUUGAAGCACCUGAAGGAAGGCCCUCCAAGGAGGCGCGUGGGCAUGAUCGUUGAGGGUGCACCAGCGAGACAGGGUGCCAAGAUUUUCACGCUAGGGGGUAAAGAAGAGAUAGGCGUUGUCACAUCGGGCAUCCCUUCGCCUACGCUGAACAAGAAUAUCGCCAUGGGCUACGUUCAGUCUGGAUGGCAUAAAAAAGGAACGGAGCUCGCGGUUGAUGUCCGCAAUAAGCUCAGGAAGGCCGUGCUAACUCCGAUGCCGUUCGUCAAGACGCGAUAUUACAGAGGGGAGUAAGACUCUUUCUCGAGGGUCUCUAAUCGUAUCUGAGAAGGGUUUCUGAUCUAUUGGUGGUGUGCUGGUGUAGCGACACAUUCAACUGUGUAUUUGCUUGCAUUGCAUGUAUCAAUGGCAGAUCAUUUAGCGCUAUCAUUCCUGCGAACCGUUCGUGCGAGGGAUCAUGCAUAUGCAUGGUCUCGACCACAAACGCGUCUCGUCACCAAUCAUGUGAUGCGUGACAUUUCGUUGUGCCAUGGCUUUCGAAUGCCAACGUUCUCUCCUGCGGUCCUCACGCUCUGUUCACCAUCGUACCAAUCAUUAGGUCCAUCUUCGUCAAACCAUGAAUACAUUUCCAGUGCUCAGAAAUGCAUCCCAGC